UCCCACUCCUACGAGUCCGAAUUAGUUUCAAUGUCUUAACACGUCACUGUAGGAGUUAUUGAGUGCUGCUUUUAUGCUGCAGUUGGCUUUUUCCUGGAUUGUCCUGACCUGCCUACUUUUCCUAGAUUGAGUUUUGACAACCGCCUUGGCGACGAGUGCCAACCUGCUUCGUGUCAGUGGAUCUGGAUGCAGCGAUGGGACGGUGAUCGCUGAGGGAGAUUUUUUUAAAGUCAUGAUUUCUAGGAAACGCAAAAACAGAAGUAUUGUGGCCGUGUAUUGAAUGGAAUCUGGUUCACGCCAGAUGGGAGAGAAAUGUACGGUGCCAUGGCCGAGGGAAGCUGCUUCGGUGCACUGUAGCUCCGAACCGGGAAUCCGCUGCACCGUCCUGUUUGUAAAGAGAAGCAACUCAAACCCCGUUUCUCCACGAGAGCUUCGAGAAUUGUGAAUUGACGCAACAUGUGCCACGUUAUCGUGACGUGCCGCUCCAUGCUGUGGACGCUGCUCAGCAUCGUGGUGGCCUUCGCCGAGCUCAUCGCCUUCAUGAGCCCUGAUUGGCUGCUGGGAUUCCCCCGGGCGGACUCCGGCGAGUACCGGCCGUCUCUCGGCCUGUACAGCCGCUGCCUGCGCAUCGACCCCCGGGGGGUGGGGGUGAGCUGCGGGCCCUACGCCGGGACGUUUGGAGAAGUGGCCACCGGCUUCUGGCAGGCCGCCAUGUUGUUUCUGGCGGCCGGGAUAUUAGUGCUUGGAGGAGUGGCCUGUAUCUCCGUGUUCAGCAUGUGCUUCCAGAGCAUCAUGAAGAAGAGCAUAUUCAACAUCUGCGGACUGCUCCAGGCCAUCGGAGGCCUGCUGCUGAUGGUGGGCCUCAUGCUGUACCCUGCCGGUUGGGGUUCAGAGAAGGUGCUCGGCUACUGCGGGCCCGAGGCUUUGCCCUUCAGGCCGUCCCAGUGCUCCCUCGGCUGGGCGUUCUACGCGGCCAUCGGAGGAACGCUGGGAUCCUUCCUGUGCGCCGUUUUGUCCGCGCAGGCAGAGAUCGCCACCUCCAGCGAUAAGGUCCAGGAGGAGAUCGAAGAGGGGAAGAGUCUGAUCUGCCUGCUCUGAGCCUUUUUAGAAACCUUCUCCUGUGUGUGAUUUCUUCUUGUAUGGACACUUCUGAGGGAUUUUCUUCAUGACAGCGUGUUAAAAAAAGAUGGAUGCCUUUUUGAACCAUCACAGCAUCGGGCCACAUGGACUUUGCCUGUAGACCAAUGUUUCUGACCGUGAUACUGUUUUUAUAUUUGUUGUAAUUCUCGCCGUAAACAAACCACUGUGCAGGAAAUAAGAGGAGAAUAAGAGUCGAGGGAGGUAGUGGACGCGUCGUUGGCGUUGCUGUGGACAGGUUGUGAACGCUGCCAGACGGGCGGUGUCUAACGCCAUUAUGCCGUUUACUCGCACGCUUCACCUGCAAAACCACAACAAAACCACUGAAUGCUGCCAGAUGCGCGCGGCCAAACUCCCAGCAGCCGCUUCAUUAACUGUUGAGGUUUGUAAAUGUCCUCACGGUCUGAUUGUACGACACGGCUGACUUUACACUCGCAACGUAACGGACUGUUCGCUUUAAGAGUUUUCACCUGUCAGGCGGAUCAUCAGCAGGUGUCGUGCAGCUUGUUAGCCGGCCGAGUGUGUGGAAAGCUCAACCUUCGUGGUGCCCACUGGGAGAUUAAAGCAGGCUGCACUGUGUUUUAUGAGCUCACCUUCCUGGUGAGACGGGAUUAGGUGAAAAAUCCAAGAAGCCUCCGUUGAGUGUUAGCUGGAUGAAUGCAAAACAGCUCAUCAUUGUUUUUUUCCUUGGUACUUUUGGAGAUUAUUGUGUUUUUGCUUCCUGCUAUUAAUUAAUUCCACUUGGCUUCCUGUUUUACCAAAGCCGCUUUGAUUCAUUCUAGAUGAAAUGUGCAAUAAUUCAACUAUAUUGUGUCUCCUGCGAGUGAGAGUGGGCGCAGCCAGAGGAUGAAAGGUUUCUGGUCCGACCUGUGCUCGGAUUAAUAAGUUGACUGUCAGCCGAUUUUGUUACAUUAACGAAAGAUUCUACAGCAUCCGUGAUACAGUCUGUACUUUGUACCCCAAUAAACCAGGCCUUCAUUAGUGAA